CGGGGCCCUAGGAGAGAAGCCAGGCUGUUGGGGAUGCACACGUGGGGCCUCAUCGGACAUGUAUGGACACGUGCAUGGCCAGAGUCUCAGUCUCCAGGCUGGGGACAGCACAGCAGGGGCCCGAGGCGGCCUUGGAGCGGAGGGAGCGGCCCCCAACCUGCUUCCUCUUUGUCCACCGCCGCGCAGUUAGAGACUCUGGGACCCUCCAGCAGCGGGACUGAAAGCACCGCUCCAAGAGGAAGGAGCCUGGGGUUGGAGUGGGGCGUCGGGAGCCAAUCCCAGACUCUGGCCUCACCCCCAUCACCUUCCUUGGAGGAGGAGGAGCUGGGCGGCCUCAGUGUGGGCGAUUUUAAUCUUGCAGCAGCUUUGCUGCCUCCUGAGCCGCUUGCUGGAGUCCUGGAGGAGCCUGAUCCUGAGUACCUGGGGUGAGCAGGACCAGAAAGUAGGGCGGUGGCGGGGAGCCCCCGGAAAGCCAAGGUGAAGGUCACAGGUCCUCCAGGAGACCAUAGGCAGGAGCCAACUGUGUGACCCUGGACAGCAGUGCUGUGGGUAUGAGCCCGUGACAGCUGGCCUCUGAGGGGCCGCGAGGAGGGCGGGCAUGGGGACCAGGACCUGGGAAACCCCCUCCUGGUUCAUUUUUUAUGGCUGUGCCCCAUGGGAGGCCCUUGUGCCUGGCUCUGAUUCCACAGCCCUACCCCUACUAGGAGAGUCCCCUUCUUCCCUCACCCUGUAGUGGAUGGGGGUGCCAACCACAGGGGCUUCAGAAGGUCAGCCAUCCCCACACACUCCUGAGGCUCCGCUAGAUCCCUGUGGUCUGUGUGAUUGAGGCUGGUGGGGCAUGGGGGAGAGGGUGGAGAUGGGCAGAGGGUAGUGGUGGGUUUGGUGCUUCUCUGUGGGGAAGUCUCUGCAGCUCUGGAGUGGGGCUGGGUCCAUCUGGGCAGCUGAGAGCUGAGCCUAGGAGGUGAGGGAUCUUGGAUCAUCUGAGAGAAGCCAGUGAGGAGACUCCAGCCCCCAUCUGAAGAGGGCAGGUGCAGUUACCCCUGCCUGAGGAUGGGGGGAUGGUCACCCCAGCCCAGCCCAGGGUCGAAGUGCUCCAGCAGGCCACCUGCCUCUGCGCUGCCCCCAGUGGUGCCUGGCCCUUUAAAAGCCUGAGCUCUCCCGGUGCACGUGAGCAUGAGCAAGUGUGAGCUGGGAGGAGCUGGUGGGGGGGCUUGAGGGGAAAGCGGGUGGUCCCUGGGAUGUGGGGGAUGGCAGGCGUCUCAUGCGCCAGUCAGCGAUGGCUCCAGUCUGCAGCCAGGGUCUGGAGGCUUAUUCUGGUUUGUCUUAUCCUCCACUGAUUGCUGUUCCCUCACCUUCCAGGACAGAGUGGUGGCUGAGCCUGGAAAUUCCCUGGAAGGUGGAGGAUCACCCUCUGCCCUCAAUCCCACCCUCCUUCUGCACUGCCUCCCCCAACACCACCUGUAUCCACACUGUCUGGCUCUUACCUGGGGAUCGAGUUAAAUGGCUGAUAAGCAGAUCAGCCUGCCAGCCAAGCUCAUCAAUGGUGGCAUCGCUGGGUUGAUCGGGGUAACCUGUGUGUUCCCCAUUGACCUGGCUAAGACAAGGCUGCAGAACCAGCAGAAUGGCCAGCGCAUGUACACCAGCAUGUCUGACUGUCUCAUCAAGACCAUCCGCUCCGAGGGCUACUUCGGCAUGUACCGGGGAGCCGCUGUGAACCUGACCCUCGUCACCCCUGAGAAGGCCAUCAAGCUGGCAGCCAAUGACUUCUUCCGCCAUCAGCUCUCUAAGGACGGGCAGAAGCUGACCCUACUUAAGGAGAUGCUGGCUGGCUGUGGGGCUGGCACCUGCCAGGUGAUUGUGACCACCCCCAUGGAAAUGCUGAAGAUCCAGCUGCAGGAUGCAGGCCGCAUUGCUGCCCAGAAGAAGAUCCUGGCUGCCCACGGUCAGCUGUCAGCCCAGGGGGGUGCCCAGGCCUCUGUAGAGGCUCCGACCACUCCCAGGCCAACGGCCACACAGCUGACCCGAGAUCUGCUGCGGAGCCAUGGCAUUGCUGGCCUCUACAAGGGACUUGGGGCCACGCUGCUCAGGGAUGUCCCCUUCUCCAUUGUCUACUUCCCACUGUUUGCCAACCUAAACCAGCUGGGCCGCCCAGCCUCUGAGGAGAAGUCGCCCUUCUAUGUGUCCUUCCUAGCUGGCUGUGUGGCAGGCAGUACAGCUGCUGUGGCCGUCAACCCCUGUGAUGUGGUGAAGACACGGCUGCAGUCACUUCAGCGUGGUAUCAACGAGGACACCUACUCGGGGUUUCUGGACUGUGCCAGGAAGAUCCUGCGGCAUGAGGGCCCCUCCGCCUUCCUGAAGGGCGCCUACUGCCGUGCCCUGGUCAUCGCGCCGCUCUUUGGCAUUGCCCAGGUGGUCUAUUUCUUGGGCAUUGCAGAGUCCCUGCUGGGGCUGCUGCAGGACCCCAGGGCUUGAGCCUGCACCUCCUAUACCCUGGCCAGCCGGGCAGGGCCAGUGUGAAGCCAGGCAGGAUGGCCUGCCCGGGACUGAGUGAGGGGAGACCUUUCUAGCCUUCCCCUAUCGGCAGGGGGGCAUGCGGGAUCCAUGUGGGUGGUGUGCACCAGGCCUUGGUGGGGCCCUGCCUACACCAUUGGGAUCAAUGUCUUAUUUAUGUAGAAAAUGCAGAAAUCUUUACAUUCCUCAAGCCAGCCCCUGUCCCAAUCCUGCCUUGGCCUGAACACUCCCAGGGACAGAGCUGGUCUCUGGGCUGGGGGCCCAGGGCCUUGGCUGGGCAGGCUGAACCUCCCCUAGGCCACUGUCUCUGAGGCUGUCCCAGUCCACAGAGGGGACCUGCCCAAAUCUAUUUAUUGAUUCUGCAGUGCCCAACUGGCUUUCCAGUCCUUCUCUUCCUGCCUUGGCAGGAUCUGACUGCCUCCCCUCCAGCCUUGCAGAAGGCCUGAGGGUCUUCCGCCCCCGUGUUGAUGUGGGAAUCCUAAGCAAGGGAUUACACUGAGGUCUGACUCCCAAGGCUGGCAGGCCCCUCAGCCCCAGCCCAGGCCGAGGCUCACAUGCGUUGUGUGGGUCUAUGUAUGUACACCUCAAAAGGACCAGGUCAUGACCCCCUGCCCUCCAUGGGCUUUGCCCCUCAAGAAUGGGGCCGUGGGGCUCUGCCCUUCCCCACUGGCCAGGCGCCUCCUGUGCCUAUGUGCUGGGCACACCCAGGCUCUCUGCUGACCCCGUCCAGAACUUCUACAGCCUGGCCCCUCUUGCUGCACCUCUGAGACCCCACCUCUUGUGUGAGAUUAGCCAGGGUGCAGGGCAGGCAUGAGGACCAAUAUUGAGUCUGGGGGCACCUACCCUGCUUGGGUGGGCAGGAACUGCCCCCAGUCCUCCAGAGGCCUGCCCUCCUCUCUGAGCCUCUACAUCAGGCCCCUGACCACACUUCGAAGCUCCGUCCUCAGCACCCCCACCCAUCAGUGUCAGUGACACAGGUUCUCCCUCCCCAUCCCCUGGCCAUGUGAUCGUGUUAGUGAUUGAUCCUGACAGUGCUGGUGCUGUGUCCCCAAAACCAGGCCUCUCCACAGAGGCUCCUACCCAGUGACACUACCUGGGGCUCAGGCCUGGGCCCCCCAGCUCACGGUUGUUCCUGGGAGUUGCCCCCUCCCAUCACAUGUGUACCUUGGAAGCUGCUGCUGCUUACAGAAUUAUAUUUUUUUUCUUUCAAAGAGUUUUAAGAGUUGUAACUUUUUGUGUCUUGUCAUGUAAGAGAAUAAAUAAAUAUUCUAAGUAGA